GAGGCAGUUCCUUUUACUGCACAUUGCGCUACUGGAGGAAACCGUUUGGCAGUCUCCGUUUAGGGUAGUCAGCUUCCAAUAUUUCAGGAUGUUGGCUCUAAUUAAUCGUCUUUUGGACUGGUUUAAGUCCCUUUUCUGGAAGGAAGAGAUGGAGUUGACUUUAGUCGGACUUCAGUAUUCGGGGAAAACUACAUUCGUCAAUGUGAUUGCUUCGGGUCAGUUCAGUGAAGACAUGAUACCUACUGUUGGGUUCAACAUGAGGAAGGUCACAAAAGGAAAUGUAACAAUUAAGAUCUGGGAUAUAGGAGGGCAGCCACGGUUCCGAAGCAUGUGGGAGAGGUACUGCAGAGGUGUCAAUGCAAUAGUGUACAUGGUGGAUGCUGCAGACCGAGAGAAGGUGGAGGCGUCCAGGAAUGAGCUUCACAAUCUUCUAGACAAGCCUCAGUUACAAGGAAUACCUGUAUUGGUGCUUGGCAAUAAGAGAGAUCUAACCACUGCCCUGGACGAGAAAGAGCUCAUUGAGAAGAUGAAUCUGGCAGCCAUACAGGACAGAGAGAUCUGCUGCUACUCUAUUUCCUGCAAAGAGAAAGACAAUAUAGAUAUCACACUGCAGUGGCUGAUCCAGCAUUCGAAAUCACGAAGGAGCUGAGAAAAACCUGAGAAAAACAAACAAACUGCAUCUCAGCUGUUUCUGCUGCCAUGUUCUUCUCAUGCCACUUCCUGCUCACUGUGACGUACAGUUUUCCAUCCUGCACACACUCAUCUCACUGCCCCAUCUCCCAGGCUCUCGCCCAAUUCCGUCUCGCCGUGAUCUUCGUCCCUCAAGUGUUUUGUAUGUGCCCCCAGAAACCUGUGGAAUAUGCCCCUCAAGUCAAGACACCAAGAGAAUGUUAGCCAUGUGCUAGUUCAGAUAGUCCAUUUCAGGAAGCCAGUUGGUAGUCCAAAGUUGAAGCCAAAAGUGGCCCCAACUGUCUACCCCUUUGUCCUUCAGUGUACCGAAAGGUUGUGACCCUCCCCUCCAUGACCCAGUGGCAGGCUGGAUGAACCACUCGCCCAAGUUCUCUGGAUCCUAAGGGGAUGGGGCUGUGUGCAGACCAGGGGGUGGUGAAGUGGACUUGGAUGCCUCUUGUCAUGUUGUGUGUAGUCUGUUUAUGGGUAUUGCCUUUUUUGCCAAAAUGGUGUGUUUUCCCAUGAGAAAGCAAAAUGAUACAAAAAUAAUAAUAAUGACGUAAGAGCAAUGAAGUAAAUGAAACAGCCCAACUGUUGGACUAUUAAGGUUUUUAUUUAAGGUGAACAUACGCGAGUGUAAUUUGAAAGAACAGAUGUGUGAAUGUAUUAAAGGUUGAGCUGAGGGCUGCCUUUGAUAGUGAUAUUUGUGAGGUGUGAGCUUGGAUAGAGGCAGAAUUAAAAGUGCCUUGUGCAAAAUCCCUCACCUCUUCUGCUACAACCACGUACCAGGUGUGCCUACCUGGACUAAGGUUAUCACGAAGAAAAGGACAUCUUGUCUGUUCAAGAAAUAAAAAGGCAUGCUUUUAAAUGUAGCUCAUUGUACCGUUGUCAUUAUCAAAAUGCAAAAAUGAAUCCGCUUUAACUUCUGUGUAAAGUAAGUUCAGUUCAUUAAAUAGCCAAGUAUUUGGAACCCCACCAUUAUCAAUGCACUUUUGUAAAUAAAACAGUAAAUAAACAGAUUGUAGUGUAUGAAA